AGUUCAACAAGACGAUUGGAUACCUCGUUUUCGACGGGGAAAUUUAGCGUAAAAGCGGCUGUUCCAAAUUUAUAUUUGUUAUUACAUCGAAACUUCAAUAUGAGAAGAUCUCAUGCACCAAGUCAACUGAAUUUGGAAGGGAAUACAGCGUUGCUUGCCCCAGAUCUGCACAAAUCAACUUGUGGUAAGAAGUCAUGCUCGUCACCUCGCCAGUUCAUUUCCCCAUACAGGAGGCCCCUGGAGAGCAUCCCGCAAGGGCCUCAACUCUCUCCAGGCAGUCUUUCCAGUCACGAGGUCUUCAUAAGAAGAAUUCUCUCAAAGCCAUUUAAAGUUCCUAUUCCGAAUUAUGAAGGUUCCUGUCAGAACCGUGCUCUGGGAGUGAGACGUCUCGGUGCCAGGCAACCCUUACAUGACCCUUUUGAGGAGGGAGCCUUGGUUCUUUAUGUACCACCAGAAUUGUCUGCCCAUGAUUUGUUAAAGACAGACAGUGAGAAAUUGCAAGUGCACGUGGUAGUUGAUCCAUCACUGACCAAGGUUCUUCGUCCUCAUCAGCGGGAGGGUGUAAAGUUUAUGUAUGACUGUGUGACGGGAAACCAGAUACCGGACAACUUUGGCUGCAUCAUGGCUGAUGAAAUGGGCCUUGGGAAGACAUUGCAGUGCAUCACCCUCUUGUGGACAUUACUGAGGCAGAGUCCUGACUGCUGUCCAACGAUCGACAAAGCUGUGAUAGUGAGCCCAAGCAGUUUAGUGAAGAACUGGGACAGUGAGAUAAGAAAGUGGCUGGGCAAUCAAGUGAGCUCUUUGGUAAUUGACAAUGGCAGCAAGGAGGAGAUUGACAGAAACCUCAGUCAUUUCAUGUUACAGAAGGGGCGUAGGAUUUCCAAUCCAGUGUUGAUUAUUUCAUACGAAACAUUUCGCUUGCAUGCGGCUGUAUUGCAAAAGGGUGAAGUUGGUAUGGUUAUAUGUGAUGAGGGUCAUCGACUGAAAAACUGUGAGAACCAGACAUACCAGGCACUGAUGGGGCUACACUGCACAAGACGCAUCCUGCUGUCUGGAACACCAAUCCAGAAUGACCUUCUAGAGUAUUUUAGUCUCAUACACUUUGUCAACAAAGGAAUACUGGGCACUGCCCAAGAGUUCAAGAAGAAGUUUGAGACACCCAUACUUAGAGGAAGAGACUCUACUGCAUCUGACUUGCAGCAAAAAACAGGACAAGAAAAACUACAAGAGCUUGCUGGCUUGGUUAACAGGUGUAUCAUCCGACGAACGCAGGCACUUUUGACACAGUAUCUCCCGGUGAAAAUUGAGCAUGUGGUUUGCUGUGGUCUGACGGCCGUGCAGCGUGCCCUGUAUGAGAGGCUGGUAGAGUGCCAGGGCGCCGAGUGUCUGCAACAAGAGCAGGCCAACCCCAGCCUUGCCUUCAUCACAACUCUAAAGAAGCUAUGCAACCAUCCAGAUCUGAUCUAUGACAAGUGUCUGCAAGCAGAAAAGGGGUUUGAAGGCAUGAUUGAGUGCUUCCCACCAGCACAUUCAAUUAAAGCUGUGAAACCGGAACUUUCAGGUAAGGUACUGGUCCUGGAUUGUCUCCUGGCGGUGAUCAAGGCCAGCAGCAGUGAUAAAGUGGUGCUAGUCUCCAACUACACACAGACUCUUGACUUGUUUGAGAAACUCUGUCAACAGCGAGGGUAUCUUUUUGUUAGACUUGAUGGCUCAAUGUCUAUCAAGAAGCGAGCCAGAGUUGUGGACAAUUUCAACAAUCCAGCUAGUCCAGAGUUUAUCUUCAUGCUGAGCAGUAAAGCGGGUGGUUGUGGGUUGAAUCUGGUGGGAGCCAACCGCCUGGUGAUGUUUGACCCAGACUGGAACCCAGCCAACGAUGAGCAGGCUAUGGCCCGCUGCUGGAGAGAUGGACAGAAGAAGCAGUGUUACAUAUACAGGCUGCUCGCACAAGGAAGUAUUGAGGAGAAGAUAUUCCAGCGUCAGGCCCACAAGAAAGCCCUCAGCAGUUGUGUGGUGGACCAGGAGGAGGCUGUGGAGCGACACUUCAGCAGGGACGAGCUGCGGGACCUCUUCACUCUCAACAUCUCCUCCCUUAGUGACACACAUGACAGGUUCCGGUGCCGUCGGUGCGUGAACAACAUCCAGGUGAGGCCUCCACCAGUAGACAGUGACUGUAACAGCGACGUGUCUCAGUGGCACCACUGCACAGACAAGAGAGGCCUCCAGGACCUCGCACUGAAGGCAGCAUGGCUAUCAGAUUCACCCAUCUCAUUUGUCUUUCAUCACCAUUCACAUGAAAAGCAGAGGCUCACUGUGUGAACUGCUCAUAUUUAUAAGGACAGCAUAGUCUUUCUAUCCUGCGGGAGCCAAUCUUAUUUCACAGCAGGACUUUGUUUUAACCAUAUGAAGGCUCAAAACUAAGAGAAAAUGUGUGUUAUUUCAUGUUGAUAUUUCACUAUUUGCUCUUAAUUAUUGCUACCUAUUUUUUGUCCAUUUUUAGCUCCACUGGCCAGAGGCCAGCGAGGCUUAUGUCAUGGUCCUGUGUCCAUUGUGCGUGCGUGCGUCCGUGUGUUAACGUUUUCUUUAAACAUCUUCUUCUCGUAAACUACUGGUCCAAUUCUGAUGAAAUUUCACAGGAAUGUUCCUGGGGUGAACCUCUUUCAAAUUUGUUCAAAUUAUGCCCCAGGGGUCAAAUUUGACCCUGCCCCGGGGGGUCAAAAAAUUGAAAAUUUGCUUAUAUAAGGCCUUUUUUGUAAAAACUUAAAAAAAAAUUCUCGUCCCCAACCAUUGGGCCUAGGGCUACCAAAUUUGGUAUGUAGUGACAUCUUAUAGUCCUCUACCAAGUUUCUUCAAUUUUUGCCGCUGGGGUCAAAUUGGACCCUGCCCUGGGGGGUCAGAAAAUUGAAAAUUUGCUUAAAUAAGGCCUAUUUUGUGAAAACUUUAAAAAUCUCCCGUCCAUAACCAUUGGGUCUAGGGCUACAAAAUUUGGUAUGUAAUGAUAUCUUAUAGUCCUCUACCAAGUUUCUUCAAAUUAUGCCCCUGGGGUCAAAUUUGAUCCUGCCCCGGGGGUCAAAAAAUUGAAAAUUUGCUUAUAUAAGGCCUAUUUUGUGAAAACUUUAAAAAUCUUUUCAUCCAUAACCAUUGGACCUUGGGCUACCAAAUGUGGUAUGUAGUGACAUCUUAUAGUCCUCUACCAAGUUUCUUUAAAUUAUGCCCUGGGGUCAAAUUUGACCCUGCCCCGGGGGUCAAAAAGUUGAAAAUUUGCUUAUAUAAGGCCUAUUUUGUGCAAACUUUAAAAAUUCUUCCUGUCCAUAACCGUAUGGCAUAGGGCUUCCAAAUUUGGUAUGUAAUAUCUUCUAAUAGUCCUCUACCAAGUUUGUUCAAAUUAAGCCCUUCGGAUCAAAUAUGACCGUUACCCAGGGGUCACAAAAUUGAACAUAUGCUUAUAUAGGGCCCAUUUUGUGCAAACUUUAAAAAUCUUCUGUCCAUAACCAUUGGGCCUAUUUCUACCAAAUUUGGUAUUUAGUGACAUCUAAUAGUUCUCUACUAAGUUUUUUCAAAUUAUGCCCCUGGGGACAAAUUUGACCCUGCCCUGGGGGUCACAAAAAUGAACAUUAUAAUGCUUAAAUAAGGCCUAUUUUGUGCAAACUUUAAAAAUCUCUUGUUCAUAAUUAUAGAGCCUAGGGCUACUAAAUUUGGUGUGUAAUGAUAUAAAAUAGUCCUCUACCAAAUUUGUUCAAAUUAUUCCCCUGGGCUCAAAUUUGACCCUGCCCUGAGGGUCACAAAACUGAACAUAUGACGUUUACCAGGGGAGAUUACUGCAGCCAUGUGGCUGUGACCAACAACAACAAAAACAUCUUGUAAACAUGAGAUAAAACCCUGUCAUUUAGUGCCAUUUUAGAUCAGAUGGUGACUGCUUACAAAGGAAUUGAAGUAAGAAAAAGUGUAAUGAAUGUUUUUCUUAUAAACUGAAAAAAGUCGGGUUUUAUUUAAAUAUGUCGAAAGUGAACAUAUAUCCGGAUACAAAUAUUUCGGAUGACAUGUUAAUUUCAUGUCUUUUUUUGUAGUGUUUAAACCAGUUUAAUAAUAUCUUAUUGAUUUUAAAAACACAACUUCCAUGAACAUAAUUAUUUUAAGAAAAGUCAAUAUAUGAUACUGCAUGGUAAACUCGAACUUUGUAUCCAAGAGAAGGUGUUUGAAUUAAUGAAGUGCAAUCUUCUUAACUAUCGUAUAUGCUGCUUUUUAAUAACUAAUGAUUAAUUGUUCCAUUUGUGAAUCGUGACUCAUGAAUUGUAGAUAUGAUUUUCAAUUGCUCAUCGAUCCAUAUAUAUUUCUGACCAUUUUAUAAUUUUCUUAAAAUAAGUUAUGAAUUGAUCUUAGAAGUCAAAUGUAUUACUUAAUUAAAUACAUUUAUAAAUAUAAAGAAAUAAUCUUUAGAUUAUCAUAAUAUUCUCAGGCCUGUUGGUCUUAGGGAUGUGUGGGUUGUUAAUUAUAUUUUGAGAUGAUUCUUUACAAAGAAAGAUGCUACUAUUGUAUGUGUUAUAAAUGUGUGAAAGGCUCUAAGAAGGAACCUGAGAUUAUUAACCCUUUACCAAACACUAACAGGAUUUUACGGGUUUGUAGCUGACAACUUUAUAAAUAAUUGUGAUAAAAGGAGAAAUUGCUCAAGAUGAGCAAUUUCUCUUUUUAUCACAAUUAUUUCUACCCUACCUGAUCAUUUCCUUCAUAUUCCAUUACAAUUUAAUUGUCGUCUGCAACCUCUUUCAAAUUAGGAAAGUCCAAAAUGUGUCGUUUGGUAAAGGGUUAAGGCAUUUUGAUUCCUAUGGGUCUUGUGAAUCUGUUUCAAGUCAAAUGUGUAGAUUUGAUCUUCAGCAUCUAAAAAUAGGUGAAAUAGAAAGAACGACAAUAUCUUUUGGAGAGAUAAAUGUACCUAUGUUAUAAGCAAAGGACCUGUGCAACAAUUCCCGGGCUUUUUAGUCUGUUUAUUUAACACGGUAGUAACUUUUUCCAUAUAUAAAAAAGCUCACCCUUCCAACUUUUAAGCGCCCAGUGGGACGAGGGAUAGAAAGAGAAAGUCACAUGCUUGAGUACAUAUCAACCCAUGUGCAUUGCACGUUUUUUUUCGCAUAAAAAACAGUGGAGCGAUACAGGACCAUCAUGGCCCUCUUGUUUUCUACAAACAAUGGCAGGAAUUCAUUAAAUUUUAUCUUGUAGACUACUAAUAUACACUUGAGAACAACAUGCACAUGGUAAGCUUUUGUGAUUGCCGUUUGUCAUUCGCCAUAUUUAUUGUCUACUUGGGUAUAAAAAUUGAUCAGAAGUUUUGUCACAAUAAUGUCUUGGAAGAGUUCUAAUUUGGGGCAAUUUAGGUAAAGAAAACUAGGUCACUUGGUCAUAUUAAAGAAAAAGCUUUUUAACACAAUAGAAGUCACAUUUUUUUGUCCAAUCUUCAGGAAACUUUGUGAAAACAUUUGUUCUUAAAAUAUAUGUGCCAAAUAUAUGUGCCCAGCAGUUUUUAAAUGAUUUGGGAUCAUUGCAAAAGAUAGGUGCUAAGCGGGGCGGGGGGGGGGUUGCCUUAAAUGGCUAAAGUGAAACUUUUUAACACACCUUAGAAGAAAAGUUUUGCCAGGGGAUGGGGCAGUUUUCCUCAUGUGGCUGUUGUCAAACAUUGUUAACACCCUAGAAGUUGAAUUUUGUGUUUCUAAUAUUCAUGACAUUUGGUCAGCUAGCUGAGUAAAAAAGUGGUUUGAAAAAAAUGUCUCUGUAUGGAUUUGGUUAGGUUCUUUCUGGAGAUUAUUUCAAUUAUUAAAUUGAUAGCUGUGGGGUUGUAGUGUUGAAGUUGUUCAUGAUGAUGAUGAUGAUGAUGAUGAUGAUGAUGAUGAUGAUGAUGAUGAGUAAAACAACAAGAACUGUUUCUUUUGAAUCCUAUUUGACCUUUCAUUCUAUGUUCAUGUUGUGUAAGGAGCUAAAUUUGAUCUGUAAUUAAUUUACAUCGGACCUAUUUAAUUCUGCAUGAAGAGCCUCUUGUGCUAGAGAGACCUACUGGGUUGUUAGAGUCAAGUUGUCCCCCAUAAGUUAAUCAAAGGUUUAAAUAUCUGCAUAUACAUGGCUCUGUGUUGGAAAUGUUUUCUAUUAUCAAAAGUUUGUUAUAAUUAUGUGCAUAGAAAUUAAAUAUUUAUGUGCCAUGGUAUAUAUUUUGACACAACAAAUAAAACGAGCAUUUUAGAUCUUGUUACCAUACCACAUCUACUGGUAGCUUUGAAAUUUUUGCUAUUGCUUUAAAGAACAUAUUUAAGAUUUUGUAUGGCUUUAUUUUACGAAACAUUUGUUGAUUUUGAGUAUUGAUUUGGCUUUAAGUGUUUUUAACAAGCAAAUCUUGUAGUAGUUGAUGUUGCGAAAACAUACUUUUUCAAUGUUUUUGUUAACGGAGUACGUUACUUUAAAUAGUUGUAACAGAUGAAUAAUUGUAUUGUUUCUUGCAGAAGACGUUUUUUAGGGCUGUAAUAUAUUGUUAAACAUUGUGACAGCAAUCAUUUACCUUGCAUGUUGGGGCAGUAAGUGAGGGGGUCAAAUUAAAGUAUUUUGAUAUUAA